GGGUUUGCUGGGGAAAAAUUAUUGAAAAUCGCGUUGCAAGUGGUUUCGCGGGAAAUCACAAGUGCACUUGCCCGACUAAAAAUUUGCAAAAAAUCGGGAAAACGCGCUGCUGAACCGGUCUUUGCGUCGCUGAUAGAGGCAAGUAAGCGCUAUAUAAUGGUGCAACAGCAACUUUGCCAACUCAUUCGAGCUUCUCGAAAAAAAAUGAUAAAAACGAUUUUGCAAAAAGAUUUGGGCAAAAUCACAACUGCACUCGCCUGACUAAAAAUUCACACAAAAAUUUGAAAACGCGCCACUGAACUCCACUUUGCGGGGUUUAUAGGAACCCCGCAAAGGAUAGGAGCAGUGGAGGCACAAACACUUUUUAAUCUCAAUUGGUUUGCCCGGAAAAAAUGAUUGAAAAUCACUUUUGCAAGGAUUUUCGCGGCAAGUUAAAUAUGCAAUCGCGUGCCUAAAAAAUUGCAAAAAAUCCGAAAAACGUGCGAACCGAACUGCGUUUUGCAGCACAAACAGAGGCAUUUUUGCGCUAUCUAAUGGUACAGCAAGCAGGUUUCCAGCUUAUUCAGUUUGCUCGAAAAAAGCAAUUAAAAUUCACUUUGCGCAGAGUUUCACGCAAAGUCACAAGAACACUAUCCUGGUUAAAAAUUCGCAAAAAAUCAGAAAAAUGCACGACCAAAUUGCACUUUGCAGCAUUGAUAGCGGCAAUUCCUGAUAAUUUCACUAGUUUUCAAUCCACUAGUUUUAAGAAAUGCUGGCGAAAGCCAAACUCUUUUGAUAAUAAUGAACAAUACAGAAAAACUAUUGUCGAAGUUGCUAGUAAUAUUGAAACAAAGAAAAUGCUUCAGGAAAAUAUGCUGCAAAUACAAACAGAAUUAACAAUAAAUCGCUCUUUGCAUGCUGCCAGAGCUGCAAUAGUAAAUUUAGCAAAAAGCCCAAAAAGCCCCCUGAUUUAAACAAUUCGGUAGCAUGUUGAAGCCAAUACAAAAACUGGAAUAAUUACGUGGAAUUUUAAUUGCCUGCUUUAAAUGACUUAGCGCUAUUUUGCCGUCGGUUAAUUUUCUACAUAGCUGGACACAAAAAAAUCAGCAACAAAACCUACUAAAAUCAUUAAUAACGAAAUUUUAAGACUUAUUAUUACGAGGUAGGCACUGCGGCCUGGUAGAUAAUUGCAUUAUGGGCACAUAGACUUAUCGAUAGAAUCGCAGUUUGAUACAGAGAAGUAAAAGUAGACGACAAAUUUAAAACACUCGGUAUACCGACGUAUACAAUGCCAUCAAGUGGAUGUAAUGCAUGAUCUUAUGUUAUGAAACACCGCAAUGUUUAUGUUACUGGUUAAAAGUUGGGGCUUAACUUUUGGCGCUUUUUCCGGAUAUUUAAAAAGCGUUCUGGGAUGGAAAUUUCAGUAAAUAAAUAGCCAAUUAAAUUAUGAACAGCGAAAAAAGGUAAUUUUAUUACUGGGCCAAUUUCGAGCAAAGUUUCUUAUUCCGAAGGCACUUGGAAAAAAUGUCAAUCUUAAUCGAUAACGAUGACUAUAUGAAACUGCAAGCAUUGAAGCAUGUUUGCUUUCGCUUAAACAUGCCAACAUUGCCGUUUGGCCAUUUGCCGCCGCACUAAAAACGAACACGUCAUCAAUCCGUUGUCUUAUAUUCGUUGCAGAAAAUCUAGUUUUAUGAAGAAAAAAUGUAUCUCUUUACAAAGCGACGUUGCGUUACCCUACCAUGUACGGUAUAUAAAUUGGCUUAACACCACUUGGAAUCAACCAUUCGAUAUCCAGCUUAUCCCUCGAAUCAGUUCGGUUCAGUUGUGCCAUUUUGUCAGUCAAUAGUCGAUUUUUUUGGAAAUAUCGAAAUCAACAUGAAAAUUUUGAUCAUCAGUGCUGCUCUCCUGGCUCUGGCUGCUGCUCUGCCAGCAGAAGAGGCAUCAGUGAAGCAAAAGAGAGGCAUCUUGGGCUUGGAACACUCCCCAGCUCUAAUUGGAGGACCUCUUUUGGCUAAGAGCUACUCCACCCCAAUCAUCCACACCGCUCCAGUUGUAACCCGAGUGUUCGAAGCUCCUCCAGUACCAUUGAUCAACAAUUACGCCCCUCUUAUUACUGGGCCGUUGAUUGCCAGAGGAAUUGGCCCUCACAUCUAUGGAAAAUCCAUCUUGUCCGGCCCUAUUUAUAACUCGGCUCCUAUUUAUGGCAAGCCCCUAAUUGCAUCAGCUCCUCUUCUCAGCUACGGACCGAAGUUGGCUUAUGGUCAUGGCUGGUAAAUUUGUUAAAAAACUGCAACCUUCAUAUGUAGCUAAGCUUGUUUUCUUCUGGUCGUUUGUAAAUACUUUGUUCAGUGUUUUGUGUUAUUUGUGAUGAUCUUAGGAAAUAUAUUAUUUGAGACA